AUGGCAAAGAACCACCGUUCUUGCAUCUUGGAGAUUGAUCUAAACCAGCCAGCGGCCUUUGAUGAAGAGGAGAACGCCGGCAUAAACAUAGCGGCGGCGGAGGUGGUGGCUUCGGUUGUCAACUCCGGCCAAGUCAGCAUGGUUAGAGAUGAAAUCCAUUCCAAUCAUCAACAUCAUGGUGGGAUUUCGGAAAAUCCUCCAAGGAUGAGGAGGACACCCCGAAAAGAUGUUCGGGCCGAUGAAUGUUCCAAACCCAACCACGGUGGUGACGGCGGCACCGAGGGAGGAGGAUGA